AUGGCGCUCGGGGUCAUUGAUGUGGUUCCUCGCAUGCAGCCACCGGCGGUUAUCCACGAGAAUGAUGCUCCCCUUGGGCAGCUCGUCAGCAACGAGGUGCAGCGUCGACCGGGCCUGGAUCUCUGCACUCCGCAGCGCGCCCUUCAGCUCGUCGAGCGCAGCAGACGCCUCGCCGCUCAGAGGCGUGAGGAUGUCCCCCCUGAACCGCAUAACAGCGGGCCUCGUACUCUCUUGCCGCCCCCUGCCACCGCCGGCUCCACCACCACCACCGGCAUUAGCGCCCAGCAGGACGCUUCCCAGGAUGUGCUGCUGGGCUGGGUCCUUGAUGAAUUCGGGGGGAUGCUGAUCCGGUACUCUGGCCUGACUAGGGCGGCCCGCGUGGCUGGCGAGAGGAGGGCGCUCAGCCUGUCGACGUUCAUGAUGGACAGGGUGCCCCCGCCGUAGCGGUCGUGCUGGAGGACCUGGAGCGCGAAGUAUCUUGGCGGGGGGUCCUCGUAGCUGCAGUCGGUGUGCCAGGGGAACUCGUUCAUGGUCUCGGAACGGGCCUGGUGGUUGCCUGCCUGGAAGGUCGUCUCGUUCGGCCGGACGUCCCAGAACCAGCCACGCUUGGCGCUGUGGGAUAUGGGCAGCUGGUGUCCAUGAUGGUCAUGGAGACUGCGGAGGAGAUGCUGGAGGUAUGUGCUCGAUGUGUCUGUGAACUGGAGACUGAUUUUGAGGAUGCCGUGGUGCUGCAACUGGUGAUGGAUCUCAUCGACAUGGUCAGGCUUGCGGGCGUAGAUUAG